AUCAAAUUGGUAUCAGAGCCAGGUUGGUCAUGGAAGAGGAAACAAAGGCCAACAAGCAGAAUUAACUGAGAUGUGACGUACGACUGAGGACUUGUCGUGAGCUGUGCAAGCUUUAGAGCGACAGGAACCCAUGGGAGCCCAUAUGGAGAUUCUGGAAGGUGACAAUAAUGCAGACACACCGGAAGGUAGUCUGAAGGAUGAAACUGUGGAUGGAAGGGAUGAAAACCCUUUUCAUGAAGCUGGAAUCGCAAAUCAAGUGAACAGAAUGCCAGAAGAGGAGUAUGGUUCAGAAUUCAACAACUUAUCUUAUAGGGUUGGUUUGAAUGAAACUAGUGAGCAAUCAACUUCACAUUAUCUAGCUGGUUUAAAUCAAAGUAUUAAAGAUGAAAUAGGAAUUGUCCGUUUGUAUAAUCUUGAGGAUGCUUGGCAAUAUGCUCUAAUGGCAGAAAAGCGAGUAAGGCAAUAUGGAGCUAGGAAACCCAUAGAUGAUCAGAUUUAUGACAAUUCCCAAGGAAACAAUAGUGCUGAAGGGGCUGCCAUAACCAACAAAACCAGCAGGAACAUAGACAAGGGAAAGAAUGUGGCUUCUAGUUGUGAUAUUCAAGGAAAUUCAAAAGUUCAUUGUUUUAGUUGUGGAGGGAGGGGACAUUACUCCUAUUCUUGUCCACGACGCCAGGUGAACCUAGCCAAGUUUGAGGAAAAACUAGGUGAGAUGUCAGAACCCAUUUACGAUGAUUAUUGGGAUGAAUUUGAAGAGGUGGACGUUCUGCCAGUUAAAGGUGAGUCCUUGAUGAUUCAAACGGUGAUGACCACAACUAGGGAAGAACAUGAAGAAGACUGGCAGAGGCAUAGUAUUUUUCGAACAAGUGUUCUCUGUGGUGACAAGGAAGAUGUUGAAGACACACUUGGUCUUAAGGUAGUGAAACCAAGAAAGGCCAACUCAACCAAGCAAUUUCUUGUAAAAUGGUCAGAUAUAUGUAUCUGUGACAGCACCUGGAUUGCAGAGGAAAAAUUCAGAAAAAUUGGUCCAGAUGAACAUGUUGAAGAUGACAAAUCUUUCAAUUUGAACCAAGCUAAAUUUCUAACCCAGGGAAAAUGAUGCAGGAGCAUAAAGUUCUUUUUUGAUUAUUUGUUUUAGUUUGAGUUUUAUUUGUAGUCUAAGUUUUAAUUUUAGGAAGGUCAUGUGGAUAUCAUGUAACUUUUUAAUUAGGAUUAGAAUUUGUAGCUUAUUAGAAGUUUGUAACUUAUUAGAAGUUCAAAUUAGAAUUGAAUUAGGAUUCUUGGCUAUCGUUAGUAUAAAUGGUUAUUCUUCUU